UUAGGUCUCGGUCUUGGUCCUGAGCCUGGAAAUAUGGUUGUCAUGGCAACGGCGUCCCUGCCACUGUGUCUAUUCAGUAACAACUCAGUUCUCAAGAUCAUGGCCACUGAUCCAGAGGCAGUGGAGCCUUCUCGCCUGCCUGACACAUCGCUGGGUCCUAAGGGCACGAAGAUCAGGGAGCAGCUUCGCAAUAAUGUAGACGAGUCUGAGCUGAACAAGGACAUGACCUGCGAGGAGGAGGCCGUGGUGCGGGCUGGGGAGGCUGGCCACGCCCUCACCGCCUCCCUGCACGCCCAUGAACGCGACCUCCACGGCCUCGUCAAGCACGGUUGCACUAUGGUGGGUAACGUGGAGGUGGCGGCGCUAAGCUGGGAGGUGCGCGCCAGGGUGGAGAGCGAGGGGCGCAGGGAGGAGUGGCGGACAAGGCUGGAGGAGGACUCACACAAGACACAUGACGCCCUGCACCGCAUCCAACAAUACUGGGAGGAGGUGGUGGGGCUGAGCGUGCCUGAGGACCUGCACCAAGGACUGUGCCAGCUGCAAGAUUGGACGCAAGAGCUGACGGACCAGAAGAUCCAGAUCGUGACGGGGCUGAGGGACGAGCUGGGCACCUUGGACGCUGCCUACGAAAGCGAGCUGCAGCAACAGGCGAGGCAGAGAAGGGAGCUGUUGAGGCGCAUCACGGAACAUGUCUCCGAGCUGCACCACACCUACCGCGACGCCCUCAGAGCUGUGCAGGCCGUAGCGGACAAGGAGCGCGCCGCCCUUGUGCAGCACUACGGGAACAUGUGGGACCAGGCGGUGGCGGGCCUUGACGAGCAGCUGCAACGCCUCCUGCACGAGCGUCUGCACAACAGGACCUCUCGCCUGGACCAGAUCAUCGAGCUCAAGCUGCACGGGGCGGCGGAGCACAUGGCGGCGAUGGACAAGCUUGACACUGACAUUGAAAAGGUGCUGGUGGAGGUGAUGCGGAUGAAGGCGGCGCAGCAGGUGGAAGAGAGCCAGCUGCGGUACAGUCAGCAGGUUCUACAGCAGCAGUACCGAGAAACCACCGCCCUUGUCAGCGAGGCGCGCCGCUCCCUCAACGCCCUCACGCCCAUCCUCAACACCUACAGGAGGAAGUCAGAGGCGGCUGAUGCUGGGCGGGCGGCGCGGGAGCAGGCUGCGGUGCGGGAGGCUGCCAGGUUGCGUCAAGUGAGCCAGCAGCACCGCGGGAGGCUGGCACACAUCUCGGCCCUCUUCACCCGCCAGGCACGCUCCCUCUCCCUCAUGCAUUACCGCGCCCUUCGCUCUCACGUCAUGCAGGUGCUGGAGGUGGAGCGGGCCAUCCAGCAGGGGGUGUUAGCGAGGGACUGGGUGGAGCCGGACCUGCAGCCCUUAGAUGACCUGAGCCCUGCGCCCAACCCCCGCCACACCUCAGCUCUCGCCGCCGCCACCAGGAUACUCAGGCCCCCGGCAGCCAAACCAGCAAGGGACACUACAACAGAACACCUGAGAGGCGCCUUGGUUGUGAUGGGAGAGGAGCACGUUCCUGAAGACGGAGAGGAGGACGAGGACAGCCGGGGACCCUCUGUAGGCGACGAAGGACAGGAGGAACUUUAUCGUUUGAGGGAAGUGUUCCUUACUCGCCUGGCACGGGAGGCUGUCUUUCUUCUCAAUACAGACGCGGCGCACUUGGCGGAGCACGACCCUCUGCUGACCCUCGAGCACGUCUUCUGGGAGCUGAGUAUACACACGGAAGCGGACGUGGCGAAGCUGUUGCGUCAAGCAGAGAGGUACCACGCUCAUCGGUUGCCACGACCUCGCCUCAGGGAACACGAUGGCACUGCGGAGGAUGAAGGCGCCGACGGGAAAGACGACAAUUAUUGGAUAGAAUCAGAGAGCGAGGAACUGUUUACCCCAGAGGACGUUCUCAGUAUUCUGGUCACCUUCUGUACUGCCAGAAACUCGAACGUCGGGAUGAAAGCUAAGACAGGGGACGAGAUGGGACCCGAUCAUAUGUACGCCCAGGAGGGGGACGAGGCUGCCCGCUGGAGGAUCUUCGUGGACAAUCUGUACAAGAGGACGCGUCUGUGGGCCACCAUCAAGGACGCCCUCACGCAGUACCGGGACGUGCUCACCGGUCGUCUGGAGGAGUCACAGCGGGUGGAACGUCUGAGGCGCGAAAAUGCUGAAUUGAGGUUCCUGCUGCAGAGUGUGGCCGCUGACAUACAGUGAGUGUGUCCCGCCACGUCCCUCGCCUUGCUGGUGUGCUGGGUUGUUGAGGUCCGUAUACUGAAACGCUCAGCUCCCUCGCCCCGACAAUUUUCAGAGGCCACACGGAUGAUUAGCUUUCUUCUCAAGUGUUUACCGUGUUAGUAGUGUAGAAAUUUUGUUAAUAUGUCACUAUAACCACAAAAAACAUCCUUAAAAACACGUGUAACUUUAAGUAGAGCCUUAUGAACGUAAUGGAAGUGAGGCACAGGAGUGUUUCAGAAUAUGGUCCUUAUUAUUACACUUGCAGAAAACAAAGCCAUACAUAAAAGAUCCUCCAGUGACAUACCCACUAGUGAAACAAUCUAACUGUUGGUCUUGAGUACUUAGUCUUCUAUUUACCGUGGCGGAACGAGGGGUGCAAAAACUGGGGGGGCUCUCUCUGUUGGGGGGUGAGAGAGGGACAGGUCCAUGUACUGAUGGCCAUAAAGAACUACAAUAUAAGGAAGAUAAUGGACAAAGAUCACACUUACAAUUCUGCCGCUGCUGUUGUGCUCGUACGUGUGGCAGAUUUCAUUCAUCUCACGCAUCAUUACUCGCAGGCAAAAGACAAACUUUCGGACUACAAUUUCGGAUUAUAGUUAACAAUUAUGCUAUGUGUACUUUAGUCUUACGUAUAUUAAAGGUGUUAUUU